UGUUAAUGAAUAAGAAAGAGAGAGAGAGAGAGACAAAAAGAAAUUUAACGAAUUUUAUGUUUCGAUGAAUCAUAGAGAAACCUUUGCUAAUAUUUGUUCAAGGAAAUUUUCGUUGAAUUUAACUAGAAUACGUGGAGUAUUAUUUUACACGAGGUAAGUUUCAUAUAUAUAUAUAUAUAUAUAUAUAUAUAUAUAUAUAUAUAUUUAUACGAAGAGAAUUAUGGCGAUCCUGAAAGGAUCCAAGUAUCCAAGUAAAUCCAGCAGAACGAGUAAUACUUUCCGUUUCGCUAACGAGCGAUUAGAGUAUAAUUCACAAUAGGAUUUAAUCGAGUAAUGCGACGCGAAACAGAGUACGAGGUUAAUUACUAACGGCUCGCCGAGCGAUUGGCAUCAUCGUUUAUGGCUUUCGAAGCUAACAGUUAUCUCUUUGAUUCAAACACACAUACACCAAAUCCUCCUAAUGGUCCUACCAUUAGACGUGGGUUAAUGACCAAUUGCAGAAAGGAUUGUCCUCUGUGUUUGACACAAUAUACAUAUACAUAUGUAUACAUGUAUACAUAUAUACAUAUAUACAUACAUACAUAUAUAUAUAUAUAUAUAUAUAUAUAUAUAUAUAUAAUAUAUGUCUGUGUAUGUAUGUAUGUGUUUCCAUUAUUAUAGAAUAAUUGAUGUAGAAUAAUCAUUGUUAGCCAUGUUAUGAAUUCGAUCGAAGAUAAGGGAUUUUAAAUUUGUAAAAGACAUCAAAAUCAGAUUGUUACAACGUAAUAUCUAUGUAAUUUCACUGGAUUAAUAUCAAGAUACGUAUUAAUUUGAAUUGAAAGAUAUAUUGACCGUAUUAAUCGAAUUAAUCUCCUAGAAAAGAUUUAACUAGAAAAGUGUUCUAUUAGCUUUAAGAUAAUUUGGAUGAUAACUGGGCAUGUAGUAGAUUCUAAUAAUAAAACGUAUUAAUAAAAGUCUGUGAGCUCUCCCCUCGAGGUCAUAUACAAUGUUAUCAGGAAUUAGCACUGCUAACUUCGACAAGGACGUCGACAAGAAUUAAUAAAAACGAUUAUCGAGUUCUUGGAAACCAACGAAAAAAAAAAGGGAAAAAAAAAGAAAGCAGAAAAAAGGAAGCAAAAAAAUUACACCUGAUUUCCGAUCAAACGACUUUUAUGUCUAUCUUUUUAUCCUCUCUAUCUUUAUCUCUCUCUCUCUCUCUCUCUUUUCCUCUCCCUCAUUCAUUCCUCCUGUCAAAGGAAUUGAUUAAUGGACCGAACCGAUUUCCAGCAGGAGUACACGAAGUCUGUUUUUCCUCUCUCUCUCUUUCUCUCUCUCUCUCUCUCUCUCUCUCUCUCUCUCUCUCUUUCUCUCUCUCCUCUCGCACACAUGCAUACAUACACACACACACACACACAUAGUCUUCUUAUACCUCUCAAAGUAACGACACCGUUUAUACCGUCACGAUUUUGGUCUCUAGCACUAAGUUCGUAUGUAUAUAUGUAUGUAUGUAUGUAUGUACAAAAAUAUCAACGAUCCUCCUCCGUGAACGCGAAGAGGAUACGAAAAAAGAGAGGGUAAAAUCGUUGGAGGAGUUUUACUGGCUUGGGACGGUAACGGGAAAAGAGAAAGAUUACAAGUAGGUGGAAGAGGAUGAGGAUGAGAAUGAUGAUGAGGAGGAGGAGGAGGAGGAGCAGGAGAAGCAGCAGGAGGAGGAGGAGGAGGAGGGGAAAGCAGUAGCACUCUUCUCUCUGUCCUCGCGCUUGAGAGAACGAACGAAUAGAAGAGGCAAGCAGUCGUUAUACUCGGGUCUUUCGUGACAGGCUAACUUUUCGAAUAUGUUCGAUAUUACAUAUGUAAUUUUUGUUUGAACGAUAUAUAAUAAUAUAAAAUUAUUUAAUCGAUAAUUAAUUAUUUAUAAAAUUUCGUCAUGGUGAUAGAGAUCAAUCAUAAGAAGUAUCAUCGUUCGAUCGAUCUAGUAAAACAACCCAUUGGUAAACGUGAGGAUUUCAACCCUUAGAAAAAAAGUGAAAGAUAAAAGCAAGAGGGGAAAGUAAAUUUAAAAAGGGAAAGAGGAGGAGUGGAUAUAGCGUAUAUAAAAAGAGUAGGAUUUUCAUUUGGAAAGGUCGAGGUAAAUAUUGACACCUGCUGACACAGCUGGUCGGACUUUUGUGUCCAGGUAUAAAGUAAACGAAGGGUGGAAAAAAGGUGACAGUAUACGACAAGCCACGUGCCGAUCGAACAGGAUCAUUCGACCUCCCCCACCAGCUACGAUAACAACGUCAACCUUCAACCAACAACGAGUUUACGUCUACGAGUUUGAAUUAUUACUAUCUCGGAUCUGUGUUAUCAUGACGAAGUCAGGAAAAUCGAUCUGCAAAAUUUCUAAACAUUUUUAUACACGGAUUCUAAUCGUCAUGAAGAUAAUACUGAUAACUAUCUUACUGGGUUGUAGCUUCGGUUUGACAAAGUUACAAAGGAGCCCAGAAUUCUUAUUUUAUAAUUACAAUGGCGCCAAAAGAUCUUAUUGUCCUCUGAGUGAACAUAUCGGUAAUCAACCUGUUAACAGAAAGGAUACAUCUUUAAGAUUAAGACAAUUAAGAUCUGAAAUGGUCCGAGUUGCAUCGAUCGAAACAGCACCACUGCAUGGUUAUAUUGUAACGUCGGACGACGAACAUCAGAGCGAAACCGUCGAUCCACGAGAUAUGAGAAGAGAAUUUUUAACCGGAUUUUAUGGUAGCGCCGGAGACGCAGUUGUAACAUUAGCAAAAGCUGUUCUGUGGACAGAUGGAAGAUAUCAUCUGCAAGCAGAUUUAGAACUUGAUUGCAAUUGGAUACUCAUGAAAAGGGGACGAAAACCCAUCCCAACAAUAACCGAAUGGUUGCAACAUGAAUUUAAAAAUCGGCCAAACAUCCGAAUAGGUGCAGAUCCGAAGUUAGUACCUGCAGCUAUAUGGGAAGCUUGGGAAAGAGAUUUAGUAAAUACAUCCAUAAAUUUGGUGGCAGUCCGCAAAAAUUUGGUGGACUUGAUCUGGCAAGUGGGACGACCAAAUUACAAUUCUUACGCAGCAUACCCAUUGAAAAAUGAAUAUGCAGGGAAAUCAUGGCAAGAAAAAAUAAAAAAUAUAAGAUUGGAGAUGAGUCUUGUCGAGGCGGAUGCUCUUGUAGUUACAGCAUUAGAUGAAAUAGCUUGGCUCUUCAAUAUUCGAGGAUACGAUCUUCCUCAUACUCCUGUUCUUAGAUCUUACGUCAUCGUAACACAAGGAUCUCUUCAUCUUUACGCAUCCAAACAUAAACUUUUACGAUCCGUCGAUACACAUUUAAAAAUGGAUUCUUGCUUUCACGCGGAUUGCGUCAAAUGGCACAAUGAAACGUGUAUCUGGGAUGAUUUAAGGACAAUGUCUCAAGCGUGGAAGAAAAUUUGGCUACCAACACCAUGUGGAUAUGCUCAAGGAGCUUCAAAAGAAAUAUAUUCUUCCAUUCCAGCUGAGAAACGAUUACCAAAAGCAUCGCCUAUAAUUGAUCUAAGAGCGAUAAAAAAUGAAAUUGAAGCUGAAGGCAUGAGAAAAGCUCAUAUCAGAGAUGGCAUGGCUAUGUGCGAUUUUCUUGCUUACAUGGAAGAACAAAUAUCCUUAAAUUCUGAGGGAUGGGAUGAGAUGCAAGUGUCAAGAGUCGUAAAUGAGUUUCGUUUGGAACAAGAAUUUAACAAGGGUAUUUCAUUUGCAACGAUUGCUGCUUACGGUGCUCAUGCCGCGUUACCUCAUUACGAACCAAUUAAUUUAACAAAUAUACCUAUAGGGAAAACUUCGAUGUUGGUUGUUGAUUCAGGUGGACAGUAUUUAGAUGGUACAACAGACGUAACAAGAACAUUACAUUUUGGAGAACCUACUGAAGAACAAAAAAAGGCGUACACAAGAGUAUUAAUAGGAUCGAUACAAUUAUCUUCUUUAAUCUUUCCAGAUGAUCUGAUGACUGAUCAGAUUGAUGUAUUAGCAAGGAGACCUCUUUGGAGUACCGGUAAUGACUACAUGCAUGGCACUGGUCAUGGAAUUGGACACUUUUCAUCCGUUCAUGAAUCUCCGAUUAGUAUAUCAUAUACAGGUGGUAUGUCUGUUACAUUAAAGCCAGGAUUUUUUUUAUCCAAUGAACCAGGAUUUUACAAAAAGGGUGAUUUCGGUGUACGUUUAGAAAAUAUACUUGAAGUCGUGACUACCAACAUAUCGAAAACAACAGGACAAACUUUCUUAAAAUUUCGGGACGUCACUCUUGUACCAUAUGAACCUAAAUUGAUAGACUUUAAUAUGUUAACACCAAUGCACUGUCCUUUGAUCAGUGAUAUACAUACUUCUAAUGAUGUGCAGCGCCGGUGGUUAAAUAAUUACAAUCAACGAAUCAGAGAAGAGGUCGGCAGAGAAUUAAAAAAACAUUUAAGAAUGAAAGGCUUUUAUUGGAUGAUGGACAAGACAAAAGACAUUCCUGAAUGGGGUAAAGUCAACAAGGACAUUCUUCUUGCACGUUCUCAUUCCAAUUCUUCUACAUUCAAAGAGAUUCAUGUAUUAGUGACCAUUACGAUUAUCUACAAUAUUAUUUUAAAUUUUGCAACGAUUUACAGUUAAUACAAAGGUUUAUUUAUUGUUCUACUUAAAAAAAAUCUUGAAUAUAUAUAAAAUUAUUAAAUAUAAUAUAAAACAAAUAAAAUAUACAUUCUAUAUUGGAUUAGAAAAACAAAUACUUUAAUUUGUAUCAAUAAUUGUAACAUAACAAUGUACACACAUGAUAGUACAAUGAUAAUAGAUAUGUUUAGAAAAAAGAAAUGGAGACCUAUAUAUUGUGUGUUCCAUAUGUAAAGUACAAGUACAAUUGGACUGACUUUAAUAAGAAUUUUAAUCAGUCUAUAAAAAUCUAUGUGAUUAGCUAAACUAUUUAUUGAGAACUAUAUUUAAGUAUUAUUAUAAUUUUACUGUGAUACAUAAUUGCAAUAAAUAUAUGAAUAU